UUCAACAAGAAUAUAAAGGGACUCCGCCCAUUCCUGCUUUCUCCAGUAAUUUUUGGUCCAUGCACUUACGAAACUUGAAAAUCAUGUCGAUCUCAGUGUUUCAAAUUCUUCUGCUUCUGGUUUCCCUCAAGUUGCAAGCAUCAGGUGCUGCACCUGGACUUGCGAAGCCUAACUGUCUUGAAACAUGCGGGAACGUCACCAUUCCCUUCCCUUCGGAAUAGGAGCCGGGUGUUUCUUCGAGGAAUGGUACCAGAUCGUCUGCAAACAAAACAACACGGUUCCCAUUCUGAAGAAGAUUGGAUUGCGAGUUCUCAACAUUUCACUCCCUGAUGGAUACGUGGAUGGUAUGAUUAACGUUAGCCUUCCUGUAAUUUACUCAAAUGCAAGCUGCGGGGGUGACGGACGUGCUGCGGGGGUGAGCUUGGAAGGAAGUCAAUUUGUCUUCUCCCGGACAAGGAAUGUCUUUACAUUGGUCGGUUGCAACACCCUGGCCACAGUGAAUACCACACAAUCAGCUUUUGUCGGUUGCAGGUCGAGAUGUGCUGGAACCAACACCAGCUUUAGCUGGAACAGUGCUUGUUCCGGGAGGGAUGGCUGCUGCCAGACUAUGCUCCCCCUUAACCUUCAAGGCUUUAGUGUGGAUUUCAAAGAAAAAGGUGGACAUCAGGGGUGCAAGUAUGCUUUCUUGAGGUCUGACUUUACAGGUUUAUAUGAUUUGAAAUUGAAUAAGACGGUUCCAGUGGUGCUGGAAUGGGGGAUUGCGAGCAAUACUGAGUAUGGACGCAAGCUUAUCCAGCAGUCGAAGACUGAUUAUCCUUCCUAUUGUCACAAUCAAAGCGUUGACGGCAGUGAAAUGCUAUUUACACAAUGCUAUUGCGCACGGGCGUAUGGUGGUAACCCAUAUCUUACUGAAGGAUGCAAAGGAGAUGCAACUCAACUGCAAAGUGACUGUGCUGAAACAUGCGGGAGCGUCACUAUUCCCUUCCCCUUCGGAAUACGAGCCAAGUGUUUCUUGGAUGACUGGUAUCAGAUCGUCUGCGAACAAAACAACACGGUUCCCAUUCUGAAGAAGAUUGGAUUGCGAGUUCUCAACAUUUCACUCCCUGAUGAAGACGUGGAUGGCAUGAUUAACGUUAGUCUUCCUGUAAUUUACUCAAAUGCAAGCUGCGGGGGUGACGGACGUGGUGCACUGGUAAGCUUAAAAGGAAGUCCAUUUGUCUUCUCCCAGAAAAGGAACAUCUUUACAGUAGUCGGUUGCAACACUCUACUGACAGCGAAUGGUAAAGAAUCAGCUGUUUUCGGAUGCCAGUCGAAAUGUGCUGGAACCAACUUCACCAUUAGCAAGUAUAGCGCUUGUUCCGGGGAGGACGGAUGCUGCCAGAGUUCGCUCCCCUUGAACCUGCAGGGCUUUGGUGUGGAUUUCGAAGAAGAAAGCGGAGAUGAGGGGUGCAAGUACGCUUUCUUGGGGUCUCAUUCAGGUGUUUAUGAUUUGAGAUUGAGUGAUACGGUUCCAGGGGUGUUGGAGUGGGGGAUUGCAAACAAUACCACGUAUGCACUUGACCUUAUCGAGCAAGGAUACUAUCGCACAAAUGAAUCUUUCACCUGUACAAGAUUUAAAAGUUUGAGCAGUGAAGGAGAAGGAAUUAUAUAUAGAUAUAGAAGCUACAGCGUCGACAGUGGUGAAAUACUAUCUGUGCAGUGCCGUUGCCGUACGGGGUAUCAUGGUAAUGCCUAUCUUACUGGAGGAUGCAAAGCCGAAUGUGAUCCAAAGCGGUGCCCCGGGACUUGUGUGUACAAACGGGGCUCCUUUCGCUGCGUCGGUGGUGGAAAGACCAAGUUCAUUCUUAUUGGAACUGGGGCAAGCCUUCUUGGGGCACUACUUUUGUGUCUUGCCUUAUGGGGGCUGUACAAAUACAUCAAGAAGAGAAAAGAAAUCAAGCUCAAAGAGAAGUACUUCAUUGGUCUUUUGCUGGAAAGUGAGCUAUCUUCAGCCAAAGGCCAUGUUGAGAAAAACAAAUUGUUCAACUCCAAGGAUCUAGAGAAGGACGACAAUUUCAACAAGGAUAGAAUACUUGGGCAAGGUGGACAAGGUACUGUUUACAAAGGAAUGUUAACAGAUGGCAAAAUAGUUGCUAUUAAGAAAUCGAAAGCAAUAGAUGAGGGCAAAGUCGAACAAUUUAUAAAUGAAGUCGUCAUUCUCUCAGAGAUCAACCAUAGAAAUAUCGUUAAGUUAUUGGGGUGUUGCUUGGAGAAAGUCCCACUUUUAGUAUACGAGUUUAUACCAAAUGGGACUCUAUACCAAUAUUUGCACGACUCAAAUGAGGAGUUUCAUGUAUCAUGGGACACACGCCUACGAAUUGCAGCUGAAAUUGCAGGAGCAUUAUUCUACUUGCACUCGGUAGCCUCGAUUCCCAUUUAUCAUCGAGACAUCAAGUCCACCAAUAUCCUCCUGGACGAGAAAUAUCGAGCAAAAGUGGCAGAUUUCGGUACUUCCAAGUAUAUUUCCCUCGAUCAAACUCAUGCAACCACGUUGGUGCAAGGGACUAUUGGCUACCUAGAUCCCGAGUAUUUCCAAACAGGUCAAUUUACGUACAAAAGCGAUGUGUAUAGUUUUGGAGUUGUUCUUGUUGAACUAUUAAUCGGGACAAAGCCAAUCUUUCUUUGAGAACAAGAAGGCAGAAACCUUGCGACCUAUUUCAUAAUUUCAAUGGAAGAAAAACGGUUGUUCGACAUUGUGGAUGCUCAAGUUUUGAAAGAAGAUAAGAAGGAAGAGAUUGCAUUAGUUGCUAACCUUGCGAAAAGAUGCUUGAACUCGAAUGGGAGGAGCCGGCCCACAAUGAAAGAAGUGGCAAUGGAGUUAGAGGUGAUGAGAAGUUCCCAAAUCCUUUGGGUAUUCAGCAAAAUCAAGAGGACCAAGAGGCAACUGAAUCUUAUGUUGCUGCAUGUAAAUCCAGCAAGUCAAACAUCGAUGUGGAUGUCACUACAUUUUCGGAUGCGCAGCCAUUCUUACCUAGUGAGAUGUGGUGAAGAUAUGUUUUGCCUCUUAUACUUAAGAGUUAUAUCGCUACGUCUGUCAUGGAAAUCAGUUUUCUGAGCAAAAGAUAGAGAAAAGAGGGAAGGGAGGAAAGCUUGUUAGUUUACUAAUAGGAGGAUUUUGGUUAGUAAUUUACUGUUAAUGAACUUAUUCUCAAUGUUUCGGAUCGAUGAACUAUUAAGUCAUGCAAAUCCCAAGUUUAUUCUAGUCCUGUAAUUAGCAUAAUGCUAUGAUUUCAGUUCAUCUUGA